AUGAAAGAUUAAACAGAUCAAAACUUAUUAAGAAAAUAUAUUCUAACUAAUUUGACUAUGCUUUUGGUCAUUCAUCAAAAACAAUUAAGAAUCUACUCUAUCCUUAAAUAUAUAUUCCUCUUUUUUGGAUAAUUGCAAAGUGCUUUUUUUUAUAUUUUUCCUUGCUACAUCUCCUCUCUAAAAAUGUAUAAUAAAUUCAUUCUAAUAUAUCUAAUCAGACCUGAUUUACUUUUAAUAGAUAAUUUUAUGAUUGAUAUUUAAGAUCGCUAUUUAUUUAUGAUUCCACUUGCAAGCCUUAUCUUUUUUGAUAUAUUGAUUUUAUAAGGGUAAGUAUUAAUUGAAUAUCAAAAUAAGAAGUAAUCUGCAAAUUAGUAUUAGCAAAUUGUAAUUUAAAGCUCCUUAUAAUAAAUGAUGAUAUAUUUCAAAUCUUUAUAUUCGUAAUUGUUUAUUGUUUAUUUAUAUAUACCAGCUCAAGUAUUAUCACUUACAUCAUUCGCCCUUUCCGAUAUUAUUAAAGAUAUUGAAAUAGCUAUAUUUAGUAUAAUAACAGUAAUUGCUUGCAUUUGUUUUUAAUUUGUAAAAUUAAUUAUCAGUAACACAACUAUGGAUCUGUAGAUUAUUGGUUUUGAGAGACUACACUUUACUAAAAUAGAUUUCUUCAGAGAAAUUUUUAUUCUAACAUAAAUCAUUUUAUUCAGUAUAAUGGAAGAUGUUGAGUAAGUUUAAAUAGCUUAAGGAAUAUUAUCUAUAUUAGUUAGCCUAACAUUUCUAAUCAAUAUUUUUGUAGAUAAAUCUGUUAUUGUUGAAGGAUAUAUUAAACUUACCUUAAUUACAUAAAUUAGUUUAAUAUCACUAAUCACAAGUUCUCUAUUGAAAUUUUGGCAAUUAGGUAUAUUAUUGAUACCCAUUCUUCUUUUUAUAGGAUUAAGCUAUAGAAAACAAGAAUUAUUUAAAUUAACCACAAAUAUUUCUUAAGAUAAAACCAUUUCAAACAUCAUUUAAUAUAUAUCAUAUCAAAUUAAUAAUCAAUCUAAUUAUAAAUCAACAAUUAAUUAAAUCUCUUAAUCUAUUCUAUUAAACCAUCAUAGAAAGAAGUGCAAUGACGCUUCUUGCUUUUGCAAUUUCAUUUCUGAAAAAACUGAUGAACCUUAUAAGGUUCUAUAUUUAUCUGAUCAUUUACAGAGAAUUUUUAUAAUCAGUAAAAUUAAAUAAUGGAAUAAAGAAUUAAGCAAGAAAAGAUAAAUUUUUUCUGAUCAAAAUUGGAUUCAUUACAUUAGUACUUUAAAUCAUUAUGGCCUCACAACAUUAGCAUUCUAAGAAUGUAAUCGCUUGUUAUCUCUAUAAAAUUCUGUUAAUAGUGGAUUUCUAGGUCAAAAUGAUAUAAAUUCCCAAUAAUUAAAUCAUCCACCAAGUUUACCAUCAUAAUAGAGUGGAACUUAGAAUUAAAAAGCAUAGGUAAAGAUAUCAAUAAAUUCACUUGAAUUAACACCAAAUCUAAAAUUAAACAUAAGAAAUAAAAUGAUAUCUUUAUUAUCAUAAAUAAAAUUAGAAAUUAUUAGCAAAGAGAUAAGAUUGGAAUUAUAAAAUAAUUUCUUAAAAUUAUAAAAUAAAUAAUAGGAAGAAAUAGCAGAAGCGAUUGAAUUAUAUUUAUUGAGUGAAUCAUAAAAUUAAGCAGUUAAAAAUUAAGUAUUGAAAUGUUUAUAAUAAAAACUUUAGUUUUAUAAUUUUAUAAUAAACAAAAAAAAUCUUAAAUCCUAAGAUUUAUUUGUAAAUGCAAAAAUAUUAUCAAAUUCUUUUAUGAAAUUAGAAUAAAAGUUAUUAUAAUAAUAUACAAAAUUCCCUAGCUAAAAAAUUUAAUCGAUUAAUUGUUUCUUUCAAUCUGAAUUACUCAAUAACUAUUUAACAGCAUUCAAAUUAGCAAAUUUUAGCACAAUAGCUGAUGAAAAAUUAUUAAAUAUGAAGAAAAACUUAAAAAUUAAUUUAUUUGGUAAAAAUGUCAUUCAUAUGCUGAUGAACUUAUCUGAAAGUUUAUAGUCAUUAAAUAUUUUUUAAUUCAGCAAUAAUGCCCAAGAUUUUUUAUAAGUCAGUUAUGAAGAGUGUUUAAAACUUUAUAAAACAAUAGAUAAUCUAUUACCUUAAGCUAUCACAAACGAACAUCAUUUACUUGUUCAAAGAUUCAUUAUUGAAGGAACUAGCAAAUAUUUUAGAAAUAUUGAUUUAAGCUUUCUUUAAUUAUCAAGUGGAUUAAUCAAACCAUUUAAUCUGAUGAUAGACAUAAUGUUAAAUAAAACAAAUAAUUUGUCUUUUGUAACAUUUUUUGAAGAGGUUUCUUUAACUAAUAGUUAUAUAUUAGUUGAUGUGAAUGAAUUAUGUGGAGGAAUUACUUUAAAUCUUUUCGAGAAAAUUGGAUGGAAAUAAAAUGAGUUAAAACAGUGUUCUAAAUUAAUUAAUCUUAUUUAUUAAGUUAAAAUUAAUUAAAUUAUUCCCAAUUUUAAAGAUUUAAAACAACAAUAAAAAGAGGAAAAGUUUUAUAAUACUAACAUAAAUCUGUUGACAAAAAAAUCAAUCAUAAACUUAUAAUAAAAAUCAGUAGUUUCGAUUCAUGAUUCUUGGAAAAACGUUGGUAACUUAAUUAAUUUAAGUGGAACUGUUAUUAUAAAAUCUAGAGAAAUAUAUGGAUAUUACUAUUAUAUCAUAGAAAUAGAAGAUAUUAGAUUAUGUUAUAAAUUAUCACAGAUGACAAACACAGAAGGAAAGGGUUACACCAUAUAGUUAAAUGAAAUUGAAGAUACAGAGAUUGAGAUUAGUGAUUUAAUUGUGUCUGGAACUGAAGCAGGAAUAAACAAACCAUAAUCUUUAAAUAUUUUCCCAUAGUCAUCUUCAAUCUCAGAGAAAUUUGAAGAUAAUGUUUUUUAUAAUUAGCAAUUAUAGGCUGUACUUCAUGGAUAGUAAAUUAUUAAUGAUAAAGGAAGUUCUGCAUCAAAUUUACUGUAGUUUAAAUCAAAUGUUUAAUAUUUAGAAAAUAUUAAUUAAAAUGCCAAUAAAAAUAGUGAAAAAUAAAAUUUUUUUGAUGUUAAUCCAAAUUAAAGUAUUAGAAAAUUAAUAGAUACAAGCAAAUCUUUUACUUAAUAAAGAUUUUUUAAUUAAGAUGUUUAAGAUUUGGAUUAAUCAAAUAGCAAGAUAAGUGAUGCUAUUUAAAAUUAAAUGAAAGAUGCAAAUCAAAUGUAUGAUGUAGAUCUUAAUAAGAUUGAUAAAGAAAUGAGAGAAAAUAUUAGAUUAUAAUUAUAGCUAGAACUUGAUUAAAAAAAUUAAGCAAAUUAAUAAUUGGAUGAUGCAGCUUCUUAAGUUUCCUCUUUAAUAGGAUUAAAAAAAUCAUUAUUUUAUAAAAAAUAUGAGCUUCUCAAUAGAUUGAUGGAAAGUGAUUUUAGACCUAACUCUUAUAAAUACUGCAAUAUAUUGCUAAUUUUAUCAUAAAUCUUAGUCAUGAUAUUUUGUAUAAUUGUUUUAUUAAAUCUAAACUAAGAUUUUAAUAGAUUCAUUUAAGAAGUAGAUAUGCUGUUAUUUAGCUAUAGUUUUAUGACUCCAUUUGAUAUAUUUUUAGCUUUAAGAUUCUCAACCAUUUAUUAUAGAGUUUAGGCAUUUUUAGGCAAAAUUCCAGCAAAUGAAAGUACACAACUAGAGAAUUGGUUAGCAAACCAUUUAGGAGAAGGUUAUGAUAUAAUGAAAUUAAACUUUUUAGACUAAUUUUCAAACCCUUACAUACUAGAGUUUUUUACAGAUGAAAAUUUUGAUGUGCUUUUCAUGAACACGAAUUCUUCAAAUAUGGAAAAGAAAACAAUAUCAUUUAGGGAAUCUUUAAAUGUUUUAUUGUAGUAUCAAUACUAAUUUAAAAUUGCAUAUGAAUAAAGAAUUCCUUUAGUUUCUUAGGCUUUUACUGCAUAUCCAUAUGCUAAUUAUUUAAAUUUACAUGAUAAAUUUGAUAAUAUGACUUCUAAUAUACUAGAAUAUACAAAAUAAAGGAAAGAAACUGUUAAAGAAAAUUGGACAAGGAUUUGGAUACCAUUUCUUGUUAUAGAUUUUCUGUUGAUCCUAGGAUGUUAUUAAUGUUAUAAAAGUUAUUUAUAGAUUUAUGAAAGCUUUUUAAAUCUCUUCAAAUAUGCAGAUAAUAUUUGGCUCAAUAGAGAUAUGGAGAGGUAUAAAAUUUUAAUUAAUAUUUUAACAAAAAAUUCUGAUGUAAUGUUCAAAUAUUAAUUUGAUUUAGAAUAAAAAGAAAAAUUUAUGAUGGCAGAAAGAUAUAAAAUAGAAAACCAAAGAGUUCAGGAAAGCAAGAAAAAAAAAAAUAAUAAAGAUUAUAAUAAGAUGCCUUCAUUAAUAGGAUUAAUCAGUCUUUCUGCUUUAUUUGCAGUAUUCUUCAUUUCUUCAUUAUUAAUUUAGUUAUAGACAAAUGAUUAUCUUGAAAGAUAUGCAAAAACAGCAGAUAUCUAUAAAUACAUAGGUGAUUUAUGUUAUAAAGUUCCAGGAUUAUUUUCUCAACGAUAAUUUUUAUAUUGGUGGGAUAUUUAUUAUUUAGAUCUCAAUGACAAACCUCGAAUGUAGAAUCGAUUGUUUGAAGGUAUUUAAAGUUGCAAGAAAUUUGAUUUUAUUACAUAGUAAUUUAAUGAAGAAAACUAUUUAACAACUUAAAAUUUUGUUGAUACUUUAGUUAAUUUAACUUAGAAACCAGUUUGCAGUUUUUUUAAUUAGACUGUAUAUUAGGAUUACUCAUUUUAUUGUAAUCGAUCUUUUGAUGGAGCCUUGACUAUGGGAAUUACUUAAGCUCUAUUAUAUGUUGGAAAUGCCUUUACAGUAGCAUAUGCAUUAAAUAAUUUUACAUCUAUUAUAUAGUAUUUUAAGUAUGAAGCCGAAGGAAUGUAUAUAAUGGUUAAAGGACUAAUUGAAUUAGUAAACACUUUAAAAGAUGCAUUGCUUUUAGCUACAAAUUCACAUAUGGAUUAAAUUAUUGGGCUGAGUAUUUUCCUCUUAUUAUUUUAAUUAAUAAUAUUUUGUAUUUAAGUCUUCAUACUUCAUAGAUAUUAUUCACAUGAAUACCAAUUAGUAAAAAGAUAUAUGCUUUUAUUACCCUCUUCGACUGUCUUAUUAGAUGAUAAUUUUGAAAGAAAUAUUAGAAUAUUUUAUUCAUAAUUCUAAAUUUGA